AUGCAGGGCGCCAGCCACAUGCUCCUGGAGGAGCCGCUCCGCCUCGCCUCCGUCCUCACACCCGCCAAGCCCAAAGUAUUCCCAUCCCUCACCAAGAUUGUUGGGACGCUCGGGCCCAAGUCGCAGUCCGUUGAGGUUAUUCAGGAAUGCCUCACUGCUGGAAUGUCAGUUGCGCGGUUCGAUUUCUCAUGGUUGGAUGCUGAGUAUCACCAGAAGACCCUUGACAAUCUGAGGAAAGCGGCGCAGAAUGUGAAGAAGUUGUGCCCUGUAAUGCUGGAUACUCUAGGUCCAGAAAUUCAGGUUAACAAUUCCACUGGUGGUCCAAUUGAGAUGAAAGCUGGGAAUCAUGUUACCAUAACUCCAGAUGUUUCUAAAGCUCCCUCUGCUGAGAUUCUACCAAUUAAAUUUGCUGAUCUUGCAAAAGCUGUGAAGAAGGGUGAUACUCUUUUUAUGGGCCAAUAUCUCUUCACAGGAAGUGAAACAACAUCUGUUUGGUUAGAGGUUGUGGAGACUUCUGGUGAAAAUGUGAAUUGUCUUGUGAAGAACACAGCUACACUUGCUGGCCCCAUUUUCACUUUCCAUGUUUCACAAGUCCACAUCAAUUUGCCAACUUUGAGUGAAUAUGAUAAACAAGUCAUUUCAACUUGGGGUUCCCGUAACAGUGUUGAUAUUAUUUCUCUUUCCCAUACCCGCUCUGCUGAGGAUGUCAGGGAGCUUAAAGCCUUCUUACAAUCACAUGAUCUUCCUGACACACAAAUAUAUGCGAAGAUCGAAAAUUCUGAGGGUUUGGAUCAUUUUGAUGAAAUUCUCAAAGAGGCUGAUGGCAUCAUUAUUUCUCGAGGAGACCUGGGAAUUGACCUUCCACCAGAAAAUGUUUUCAUGUUCCAGAAGACAGCUAUUCAUAAAUGCAAUCUGGAGGGUAAACCUGUGAUCGUUACUAGAGUUGUGGACAGCAUGAUUGACAACCUGCGCCCUACACGUGCAGAGGCCACUGAUGUUGCAAAUGCUGUCCUGGAUGGAACUGAUGGUAUUUUGCUUGGUGCGGAGACACUUCGAGGGCUCUAUCCUGUUGAUGCAGUGAGUACUGUGGGCAGAAUAUGUGCAGAAGCUGAGACUGUGUAUAACCAGCCACUUCAAUUCAAGAAAGUAAUGUGGCAUGUAGGUGACCCAAUGCCCCAUGAGGAAUCUGUGGCAUCAGCAGCGGUUGGUUCUGCGAUUAAAGUAAAAGCUGCUGCAAUUGUUGUGUUCACAUUCUCAGGGAGAGCUGCUAGGUUAGUUUCCAAGUACAGGCCAACAAUGCCAGUUUUAGCAGUUAUCUUCCCGCGUGAAGGGUCUGAUCCAUCAAAGUGGCGUUCUUAUGGCACAACUCAGGCAAGGCAAUGUUUUGCAGUGAGAGGCGUGUACCCUUUGAUGGGGAGUACUGAUGAGGCCGAAACCGGUGGGCUUACAAAGGAAGAGUAUGGGAUCAAACUUGCACUGAACUAUGGCCGGUCAGUGGGCAUAGUAAAGCCUUUCGACAGGGUGAUAAUCUUUGAAAAGAUUGGCGAUUCUUCUGUUGUCAAGAUUAUCGAGUGUGAAGUUUAAGCAUAAGAUAACCACAACCCAUGCUAUUGUUUCAUGUGAUGCAUGGGAGAUUACCUCCAGUUCUUUCUCACUUCUUUAACCAAAGAUAACUAGAGAGUACAGCGUGUGCAACGGUUGUCAUGUUAGGCGAUUUUGCCCCAUUUCAGAUUUCAUAUGUUUGAGAGUUCUCAUCCAAAUAAACCAAGAUUUUCUCAGAGACCUAUACUGGAACUAUGGUUUGAUGAGGAAACAAAUAUAGGAUUGUUGGCACAAUACCAUGAGUUAUUUGUUGCUACCAUUUUGUAUUUGACAUUACAUCGUGACACUGUAUAUAACAUCCUUAAAGACA